GACUCGUUCACCAGCAAAGAGGAUAGCUGCUCUUUAUGGGUUCACCCGGUCCCGUCUGCACCAGGGAUGCUGCUGCCCCAGCAGGACACUCCAUAGAAUAGGGCCCAGGCCACCAGUCAAAAGAGGUCUUUUGGAGUACCGGACCCGAGUCUCCUCAGCGGCGAAUCUGUCUGCUCCUUGGCUUCCUUCAGUUCACCCGACAUCCUGUGAAGUCAUCAUCGAGGCAGAAAGAAGAGAAAUGCAGCCACAGAAACACUCCUGGAUCCGUCGAUCGACAGCUGACCUGAGCUCUGCCACCUCCUGCUGCAGUCUAAUCAGCUGCCGCUCCCCAGAGCUCGCAUCGGCGCUGAGCUUGGCGAUGCAGGCGUCACACCUGAGAUAAUAGGUGGAGAGGCAGAGAAGGACCACUGAAUAAAGGUGUGAAAACAGGGAGGAAGUGGUUUACUGAAGCAUCCCACAGUUCAGACAGGAGACAAACAGCCAGAUUGAUGGGGGGAGGAAAUCAGACAGCUGCCCUUAUCAAUUCUUUCCAAGGUAAACUAAUGGAAGGCAAAAGGAGGCUCUGCUGAAUCCAAAGCAGUGAUAGUUUAUCCUUUGAAUGCUGAACAAAGACAAUUGAAUAUUCCAGAUACAUUUUUGAAUCCGUUGAUGAAUUACUGAUAAACACACAGACGAAACAUGUAAACCAGCCAAACCAGUUUAACAGAUUUAUUUCCAAACACAAUCAGCAUAUGGUGGAAAUACACUUAACAGAAGCUCACACGCAGCGUCUUGUUUCUAACAUGCUGUCUGUCCAGUUUUUGUAGUAAGAAUGAACUGUGCUGACUCUUGUUAUGAGAGCUGCCAGGUGGCUUUCUUCCCUCAUGCUUAAUUUAAGAUUCCAUCACUAAGCCUGCAAACACACACUCUCUCUCUAUCAGGUCUAAUGUGUGUGUAUGUCAAUAAAACGUUGGUGAUGGAGUACAAUGUAGGCUCAACAAUCAAUUCAAACAGCUAAUUAUGGAGAUGCACAGUGUGAAAUCUCCUCCAAAGACCACUACAGGCCUUCCAUUAACGACUUCGCAGAACAGUACAGCUUAUCAAAAACUGCCGGCUCUCAUCUUGCUUGAUUAUUUAUGACUAACAUACAAGAGGUCAUCAGACUGAGUAGGUAAGGUUUGAAUGCAGCCUUCAUUCCACUAUAUAUCAGGUUGUUUGUUGAGAUAUCCCUCCUCUCCCUCUGACCUCUUAAGUAACAAGGAGGAGACAGGCCUGCUGUGAAACAAGAUGUCCACAGAUUUUAUCUUUGAUCUAGUUUCUGGUGAUACACCUGACAGCCCCCCUUCAGCAAUCCAACUGAGAGAGGCCAUUCACAUGUGUGCAGUUUAUCUCUGAUAAACCAGCAUCAAAGACCCGACCCUCUGGCUUGCUGUUGGAACAAAUAGUGAGUGUGUGAUGUUCCUGUCAUUUGAUUUAUCAGCGUCUUCACGUCUCCGCUUAUUACUUCUUCAUGUGCAGAAUUAAUGAGCUCUUGGGCGUUCAUGUAAUAGUUCAGAUAAUGACAGCCGCUAAUGGCCCGCUUCGUAUGCACUAAUGAAGUUAUGUAUUUCAUUUUUGUGCUCUGUUUCUGUCGUCAAAAUGUGACUUAAUGUUCUGACGACUUCCAAUUCUUCCAAAUGCUGUUUCUCAGAGGUUAGUGCAUAACUUGGCAGUAGGUAUCUAAGCACACACUCGCUUGUUUUUUGCUUAUAGAGCCAAAAUGUCCACAAGCUGAUGAGGAGUCAGGCAGGCUUUGCUCAGGCGCUGCACCAUUCUAUCAGGUGUAAUCAAAUCAGCUGUGAGUUUGUGGCCAGGAGUUUGUGUGUGCCUGGGUGUGUGCUGUGUGUCAAACAAGGAGAAAAGAGGGAAGCCCCUGAAAGAAUGAGGAAGAAAAGAAGACCAAACAGAAAUCUGCACAGAUGCACCACCUGAGACAUUUCAGAUAUUUCUGAUAAAAAUGCAGGCAACAGGACUGAACAACACCCUCCCCUCUAAUGUCCACCGUCUACUCACUUGUAUACCUGUAUGUCUGUGCUAAGCUGCUUGACAAUGCGGGUGAUUGUCAGUAUGUGAUUUUCCAGCAGCUUGCGGGAAAGUGCCUCCACUUGCACAGAGCCCUGGGUGGACCGCAGACUCGCUGCCACCUCCUCUUUGAUCCUAAAAGCCUGAUCCAGCAGCACAGCCAGCGUCCCGUCCUGAGUGCUCACACGACCCUCCAGGACAUCAGGCCUCAAUAAGCAACAAAACAAAGCUUUGAGUCAUUAAAAUUCAGAAGCUUGUUGUUAUUGAUUUUGCUUACUGAAGGUUAAAAAGAAAACAUGGAAAGUCAAGUUUUCCUGCCACAUUAAUGAAUACUUUUAGAGAGUAUAAUGUAACGAGGUGCUGCUGGUUUUCAUAUCCUCAGGUCAUCCUCAAACCACAUCUCUCACUGAGUUCACGUCUGUGUGUGUGCUGUGUCACCCUGCCUGAUGCUACUGGGGAUUAAGGAUUUAUUUGAUCAGUGUGAUUCACAACAGUGUAAGAAAAGAUCACUGGUUGUUCCCAGUCAUAUUUCCAUCCCAUCUGUGGAGGAAUGCAGAACUUAUCUACACAGGUUGAUUUUAGAAUUAAAUUAAUGACCCAUAGGAGCUAAGGAGGUUGAUAAAUAUCAAGGUGCUCCAAUAGUUUUUGAGGGUUAACAUGAAUAGAAAUAUAUAGAAUAGUAAUUUGAAACAAAGAUACCUGGUGUGAGCCUGACAGGACUCUAACUUUGACUUGUGUGACAUUCUUCUUGUCUGGAAAAGAAAAAUACAUAUUACAUAUUUUGAUGUUAUGUACAGUAGUUUUUAUUUUAAAGUGUUUUUAAUCUGCUCUGUUAAAUGGAUUAUCAUUUUAUUUUACAAACAGACAAACGAUUUGAAGUCUGCCCUAGUAUGACAAGACCCAUAUAACAUUAUAUAAUAUGUUCCCUUUUCUAAACAACAACAACAAUAUAUUUGUCAGUGAUUGUCCUUUCUGACAUUACAGAGUACUCACAGUCUUUUGGUUUUCUUCAGCGGGCUUUUGAGUUCAUGUGUUUGUGUUGUCACUUGGUAACUGUGGUCUCCCUGAGUGGGGUGUGCCUGCCUGCCAGAGUGAAUUUGUCAGCACAGUAAUGCGAGAAUGAUGCAUUGUGUUGUUGGUGAAGCAGCUUAACUCAGCAAAGCAGAACGCGGUGUGUGAACCGACCUACUGACCAGUCCACAAAAUAACUAAUUCUCAGUCAAAUGGCGGCUGCACUUGUCAAAAAGAAAAAAAAGGCAGCCAGAGAUCCCAGCUGUCUUCAGAUCGACUUGGAUAGUUGAUGACUGUAUAGAUACAGAAAUCCAAAAACAGUUUUGUAAUGUAACAGCGGCUUAAGCUAACUCUCCAUUUCGCUAGCAUCACUGUUCUCUGAUUCCUAAGAUGUUAAAUAAUCUUUUCCUCCAACAUCUGGGUUUUAUUUAGGCUCUAUUUGUAAUUAGGAUUCACUUGAGUUAUUUUAAUCCUGAUACAAAUAAAUACCACAAUCAUUAAUAGUUUAAAUUAUUAAUUAAUCAAUUAAGUACAACAAUCAAGCCCUGAUGAGGUUGUUCUUAUAAUGCGGGCGAAUGUGGUUAAUUACAAACUGCAAACAAAGUGAUUAUUUGAGUAGCAUUUGAGUAGCAUUCAGCUGCUGAAUUUUGUGUGAACAUUUUAAAGCACUUUCAAAUCAAUACCAAACUAGAACAAAGCAAAACGGCUUGCCUUUAUCUGUCCUCCUCUGUAUGACCAAAGCUAGCCGGAGUUUUGCAUUGAUACACUUAAUAUCAUUAGGAAUUUCUAGCUGGAAAAAAUAAAGGAAAGUCCGUAAAAAUUGAAUGUGUCUGAAUCAAGCGUUAAGUGUUAAAUUACCUCACUAGCAGCUGUAUACUAACCCCCCUUUGAAGCUCCAGUUCUGGCAGAAAGGCACAAUUUCCCAAAUCAUUUCAAGCCUCAGCUCCGUAUCCCGUUCCUCUGCUGUCCCAUUGCACACAAUAUAACUGACUGGCCAUUGAACAUUGAGCUUUUCUCUGACUGAAUGAAUUGUGAGAGGCAUGAUUCAACACCAUGUAAUGUUUUAUUCAGCCAAGACCUGUGAGUCAAGUAGUGGAGAGCCACUGAAUUACAUGUGAUUGCAGUCAGUGGAGGAACAUGAUUCUGACUUUUUUGUGCAAACACACACACACACACACACACACACACACACACACACAGGACAAGGACCAUUAAGAAGAAAGGCUUGCCCACUGCAGACUCAUCAGUUAUCCAUGCUAGCCCAAUAAAAAAGCCGAUGCCAUAGGUGAAAGCGAUUGUUUGGCUCACGGGCUCACAUCUCCAUCUACUUAACUGGAAGAGGGCUUCAGGGCACUUCACUGUGGUGCUGCCAGUGUCCUGCUGGUUGUAAUUAAAGUGUUUCAUUUCGUAGGGUGGAUGAAAUAUCAAGCAAAGUGAUCCCAAGCUACAUCAAACUCAUUAUUGACUUCUCAUCCAGUGUUUGACAUACGUCCAGAUUAAACAACAACAACAACAAAGAAAAUAGAUUAGAAGUCAGCAUCAUAAAGGCUAAGGCCAAUAACUCUCAGGAGAAGGCUUUGUUAUCCUCAUCAUCUUCAUCAUCACUCCUACGAGUGACACCAAGGUCAUAUCUCGCAUUAAUAAAUGUCCGUGCAAGCAGCGUACGAGACCUCAGACUCUCACCUUCCCUUUGUGUCGUGGGAUGAAGUUCAUCCACUUAUAACAAGCCCCUUUGUAAUUUACUUGCUCAAAGUCAAAAAUUCACCGACCUUUUUUGCAGAUAAAAGGUCAUUUUGUGACCUCUUCUGCAUAGGUGAGUGUGUGUGUGUGUGUAUGCGAGUUAGAUGGAGAGGGUUACUCAUUCUUGUAAUUAUUGUCUCUGUGUGUUUGUUUAUGUUGAAGUGGGCACAGUGUUCACCGGGGGGACGGAACAGGCCAGCACUGAAACAAGGGCCAGAGGGGAAGAUGUAAUGAGUUAUCAUACACACCGCAUGGCAUCUAAAAACAGAAGAGGCUGCUCAGGGCUGCCUGCUUGCUUGCUGCAUGUGGGGUGAUAACAUUCACUGAAGUCUGACCCAUUUGAUGGGGAGAACAAAUCCAGACGUGGUUACAGUGCAUCAGCCUCCACAUGGCACAAAAGAAAACAAGUUUUUAAAUCCUCUAAGGAUUCAGACUCUCUGUCAGCUCUGGAUUUGCAAAGGUCACAGCUUUGGGAGAGUGAAUAGAAUAGCUGAAACAAACAACAAAUAUUAAACUGAAAAGAGACUAACUCAGAUGGGCGCGAUAGGAGAUCCACGUCUGAAUUAUAAACAUCUCCACGAGGCACUGUCGGGUUGCGUUACGCAAUCACCAGCAUGCAGAUUAUCCAGUCCAGUGACAUGGCUGGCCAGAGGGAGGCGCGGUGCAGCGUUCCUCCUUUAUUUGAAUAAAACAAUUAAUGGGUAAGUUUGACUAGAUCCUGGCGAAGCACGGUGGACAGAGCAGGGACGCAAAGUCAAGAUCCAAACGCAGAAUUUACCAAACAUUUUCAGGUGAUCUUGCUGACGUGACUGCACAUGUGCUCCAACCUCACCACUGAGGUAAAAUAAAUCUUAAAUCUACGACAUUAUUGCCUGGCGCCUAACAAUCGUGCUGCAUGGUGUGUGACAUAAAUUUACUGACUGCCUGCGUAGGCAUUCUGCAAGGUUCAUUGGGAGACUAAAGCCCCUUUCAUCAUUACACUGUGCGUCUCCUUCUUGGCGCUCUAAACAGAUCAUCAGUGGAAGUGCCCCCGAGCUGCAGCAGCCCAACUGUGACAUCCUUCCACUAUUCAGAGUGUGCUCAGGCUGGCUGGCUGCUGCACAGGCACCAUGGAGCAAAAAUCUCCCAAGCAUGAGAGCACCGCAAAGGGGCAAGAGUCUCUGUCCUACCAGCGGAGGAUGUGGAAGAAUUUUCAGGAGAAAACCAAGCCUUGGCUCAGUCCUAAACUGGGAUCAGAACGUCGUGGUGGCGGGGGCGCGGAGGGCAGCAAAAAGGAAUCGGGGCUGUGGAUGUUUAAGAAGAAAAAGAAACAGUUGGACCGGGUGUUUUCGUCGUCUCAGCCGAAUCUGUGCAGCCCUACCCCGGCGCCUUUUGAAGGGGAUAAGUCCCUCGGAAGCGACGCUGUCCCCGGCACCAGCAGCGACGGGCAGCCUCUGCUACAGCCCCUUGGUGCAGCUUCUGGAGCCACAGGGAGCAAACCCGAGCUGACGGCGCAUGGAAGCCCCAAACUCCCCGUAUCCCAGCUGAUCAUGUACCAGCAGAAGAGCUCCUCUCUCGGCUCUGCUUGCUUCGAGAAACUCGUGAUGGACCCGGCCGCGGUGAUGGGAGAGGAGGAGCAGCUGCGUAAAAACGCAAGUGAUUCUGGCAUCAACAUAGGGGGCCCCAGUAAUGCAGAACCUGCCCCUCAACCUCCUAGUCCAGCCAUGUACCAGCUGGAUAUCGUCUUGAAGAAAGGGAACAACCUGGCCAUCCGAGACAGGACAGGGACCAGUGACCCAUAUGUGAAGUUUAAGAUUGCAGGGAAGGAGGUGUUCAGGAGUAAGACCAUCCAUAAAAACCUCAAUCCGGUUUGGGAUGAGAGAGUGAGCCUGUUGGUGGAAACCCUGAGGGACCCUCUGUAUGUCAAGGUUUUUGACUAUGACUUUGGACUUCAGGAUGAUUUCAUGGGUUCAGCAUACCUCCACUUGGAGUCGCUGGAACAUCAGAGGACACUGGAUAUAACACUGGACCUGAAGGACCCACAGUACCCUGAACAUGACCUGGGCAGCCUGGAUCUCGCUGUCACCUUGUCACCGAAGGAAGGAGACGUGAGGGAUGCUACCAUGCUUUUGAGAAGGAACUGGAAGCGAUCUAGUAAGUAUCAGAGUAUGCGUCUGUCAGAUGUGCACAGGAAAGCCCAGCUGUGGCGAGGUAUAGUCAGCAUCAGUCUGAUAGAAGGUCGUAACCUGCAGCCCAUGGAUGCCAACGGCCUCAGUGACCCCUAUGUCAAAUUCAGGAUGGGGCACCAGAAGUACAAGAGCAAGACAAUUCCCAAAACACUGAACCCCCAGUGGAGAGAGCAGUUUGACUUCCACCUGUAUGAAGAGCAGGGAGGCUUUGUGGACAUUACAGUCUGGGACAAAGAUGCUGGCAAGAAGGAUGACUUCAUGGGAAGGUGUACCAUUGACCUGUCGCUCCUCAGUAAAGAACACACACACAAGCUGGACCUGCCACUGGAAGAAGGUGAAGGCGUGCUGGUGCUGCUGGUUACACUCACCGCUUCCGCCGCCGUUUCCAUCUCAGACCUGUCCGUCAACAUGCUGGACGACCCGCAUGAGAGACACCAGAUCAUGCAGAGAUAUAGCGCGUGGAGGUCCUUCCACAACCUGAAAGAUGUCGGUGUGGUGCAGGUGAAGGUCAUCAGGGCCGAGGGACUGAUGGCAGCAGAUGUCACAGGUAAAAGUGACCCAUUCUGUGUGGUGGAGCUGAGUAACGAUCGGCUGCAGACGCACACGGUCUACAAAAACCUCAACCCAGAGUGGAACAAGGUCUUCACUUUUAACGUGAAGGACAUCCACUCGGUACUCGAGGUCACUGUUUACGAUGAGGACCGAGACAGAAGUGCAGACUUUCUGGGAAAAGUGGCGAUUCCUUUACUAAAUAUCCAAAAUGGAGAACGCAAAGCCUACGCCUUGAAAAGCAAGGAGCUGACAGGGCCAACAAAAGGGGUCAUCUUUCUCGAAAUAGACGUGAUUUUUAAUGCUGUGAAGGCUGGUCUCAGGACGUUGAUUCCCAUCGAGCAGAAGUAUAUCGAGGAGGAACCCAGAGUGUCCAAACAGCUGCUGUUGCGCAACUUCAACAGAGUUAGACGCUGCAUCAUGUUCCUGAUCAACACAGGCUGCUACAUCAACAGCUGCUUCGAGUGGGACUCUCCACAGAGGAGCAUCUGUGCUUUUGUGCUUUUUGUGAUUGUCGUUUGGAACUUUGAACUCUAUAUGAUUCCCCUGGCUUUGCUGUUGCCUUUGGCCUGGAACUACAUCCUCAUCGCAUCGGGGAAGGAUACCAGGCAAGAUGUGCAAGCUGUGGAGGACCUGCUGGAGGACGAGGAUGAGGAUUUUGAGAAAGAUGACAAGGACCCUAAGCCAGACCCCUGGGAGGACAGCCGUGAUAAAAACCAUAUCCUUGAGGAUAUGUUGGCUUCCUGGCACUUUGAGUGGAUACGAGCGAUGGUGGACUCGGAGAGAAAGGGCUUCAUGAACAAGCUUUAUGCCAUUCAGGACGUGUGCAUCAGCGUGCAGAAUGCACUGGAUGAAGUGGCUUCCUAUGGCGAGAGGAUAAAGAACACAUUUAACUGGACUGUGCCUUUCUUAAGCUGGCUGGCCAUCGUGGCUCUUGGAGUGGCCACCAUCAUCAUCUACUUCAUCCCUCUAAGAUACAUAGUGCUAGCCUGGGGAGUGAAUAAAUUCACCAAGAAGCUGCGAGACCCUUACACCAUUGAUAACAACGAGCUGCUAGACUUCCUGUCCAGAGUGCCCUCAGAUGUACAAGUGGUGCAGUAUCGAGAGCUGAAACUGGAUCCCAAUCCCAGUCCAAAUAAAAGGAAGAAAAACAACCCCGGGUAGAUGACUGUGUCCGCCCACCAACUCCUCUCUUCUCCACUUCUCUUCUCGUGUUCUUAUUACUGGACACCGAGGAGCUGAGGAAGAUGGCUCUGGACCAGCUCGGCUCAACUAUCCUUUCUUUUUUUUUUCUUUCCUAUUUUCUCCUCUCAAUCCUUUUUUCCUGUCUUUAAUUACUCAUGAUGUACAGUACAGUUUCCUGAAGUGUAAUUUUUGUAUGAGGGAAAAAAUACACGAGUACAAAAGAUCUCUUGAAUUAUUCUUAUCACCGUUAUGCUUUUGAUUGAUUUUAAAGGCGAGCGGUAAGUAUGGAUGGAAUGACCUUUUCCUCAGCCGUGUGAGCCACUCUCCAUCUCCUCUCUUCUCUCCAUCACUCUGACAGCUCAGAGGACUCAUUUGCUUGCCACAAGUGUCACACAAUGAGUAAAACAAGUUUUAACAUUUAUACUCACCACCCCAAACAGACUUUCUCAGUGCAUCCAUGUUUAGCAAAGUACAAGCCUUAUACUAACUUUCUGCAUUAUUGCUCUGCAAUAGACUUUACUGUUUUUUUGGGGUUUUUUUAGCUUCUAUUGUAGUUAUAAGAUGAUUUUGGUAAUAUGUUGAUAUUUUCUAAUUGUUUUUGUACUGAAGUGUUUUUAUUUUUUCCCCUUCUUGGAUGUUCUAAUGAUGUUAUGUUCAGUGGUAGUAAUUUGGAUUGUACCACUUAACUCAUCCAGCCAACUCGAUGAGCAAUUACGGUGGUAGCCUCCAGAUUUAUCCUUGUACACAAACACAAAGCUGGACCAGGAGGAUUGUGCUGGUGGUAACAUUCUGUGCUUUAACACCAUAGCCAAAGCCCUUUUUUUCUUCAAAUAGAUAACUGACUCCAAAACAAAAAAACAAUCAAACCACACUGGGCAGUGGUAUUAGCACAGUGAAUCUGAUUUUUCCUAAAAUAAAUUGUGAUUACAUAAUUAUCAUCAAAUAACCCCAAGAGGAAAAAAAGAGCAACGCCGUUGAGUGUUAUGCCCCAAACCGUUAUCACUAACUAACUGUCCAGAUAAUUUAGCUGUAGCCUCAUUUAGCCCCUUUAAAAGCAUGUCACAAUCCCCAGUCAGUCAGUCAGCGAGACACCUGCUCUGUCUGUCGCGAGGCACAGCAGACUGGGCCGUGUGCUGUCCUGGUGUUGAUAUAGAUGUCACCGAGUCUAUGCAGAGUGUCACCAGGCAGGCAGGCAGGCCUUUAGGCGGCAGCAGCUCUAAUCUUGUUUGAAAGGCAGGUCUCCUUUUCCUCUCCCUGUGCGUUUGCCUCGACGGCCACACGCGAGAGCAUUUGCACGCGCACACAAGCAUUGCACGCGGACACGACGCGUAAACACACUACGUCUUUAGCAGAUCUCACAUACACGUACUGUACCUACGCGCUCACAGAUGAAAGCUUAACAUCCCAUUUGAGCAGGCACAUUCUCUCCCUCUCAAGCUCACGCACUCGCACAAACAUGCUGUCUGUGAUGCGGUGCCCCGGGCUGGCCGCCCUCUCCAUCUGCCCCACCUCCUGUGCCCACAGCUCAACUUUGAUCUGCCUUUCCAGAGACGCAGCCUCCUGUAUGUGAGCCGUGCACGUAAGAGUGUUUGCGUAUACACGUUUAUACAAUCAAAGACAUGUUGCUUUUCUCAGUGUCGGCGCAUUACAGUUGUGUCUCCCCUCCAGCUGUGGACUGAUCCGUAUUUUCAUUUGUUGCGUGUGUGUGUGUGUGUGUGUGUGUGUGAAGCAGCAGAAGUGCCAGCUGUUAUGUGGUGUGGAGUUUGCUGGUGCAGCUAGAUGUGCAGCAAGUCACUGUGUGACAAGACAAGGCUCUGAGGGGACUUAGGCCUGAGAUGUCAGGGACGGAGGGAUGAGUGUGUGUGUGUGUGUGUGUUUAUGCUGUUUCAGACGACUCUUCCCAUCUCUGCGGUUCCCUCAUUCGUCAGUGAGCCGGGUUGCGACCCUGUCUGAAGGGGACGGUCUCCUGGGCUCCUAGCUGAGCAUCUGUUGAAAGAUCACAGCUCAGGCUCCAUUUGAGGAGGCCUCCUCUCAUCCCUCUGAUCCCUGCCUCCAUCUUUUGCCCCCCCUUCUCCGUCUCUCCCACUUUGUCCGUCUAUCUGUUUGUCUCACUGUCUGUCUUUAUCACCCUAAGCCCGCCACAACUAUAGCUCUCUUCUGCCAUUUUGUCAUAACCUCGCCCUGCCUGUCUGCCUGCCGUCGCCUCUGCCUGCUCCCUCCCUCUUCACCCAUCCAUCUCCACGCCUAAAUAUCAACAGGCUUGGAUCUGUCACUCCAGAGGGCCAUUGAUUUUGUUUUGUUGCUUUGAGAAAUCCACUUGAAAGACAAUAACAGACUGUCCCCCAAGAGCAGCGUCGCAGACUGAUUAUAGCCUCCUCAGCAAACACACUCUGCGGCUCGUGAAGGAUGGCUUUUUAUAAUGCCUGAAGGGACUGUUUGAAUACCUGAUAUGUAUGUGUCUACUACUGUAUGUAGUUACUUUACAGCAAACCGUGAUGAAUAUUGUGUGGUACUGCAUCCAAAUACUGUUUCUUUUUCUUUUUUUUUGUCAUUUAUUAUUGGGUUGUGGAACUGUUUGCAAGCAAACCAAAGUGUUUUUAUUUUGUACGAUGUAGAGAAAAUAAAUUAUAUAAAGGAAUGUAUCAGAUGGACAGCUGUAAAGGAAAAAAAAAGCACUUUUAUUUGCACCGAGUUGAAAUGAGACUAUUUAUUUUUUAAAUAAUACUGUACAUAGCUACCUACUUAUUAAUUUAUGUUUGUAUUUUAUACAGUAUGCCUGUUGAUGGUCUGGUGAUGAUAUUGUAAUGUACGUGUAUGCCUGUCUCAUUUUCUAAGAUCUGUAUUUUUUCCGCCUGCAAUGUUGCCUGCCUGUGACAUCAACUUCAUGUGUCCACUUCUGACCAAUAACAUUUUAGGGCAGGAGUAAGGGGCUGAGACAGGACUGGUCAGGAGUGGUGGUGGAAUAUAUGAUGUAUAUUUUCUGGUUUGAGAAAUUAAAUGCAUCUGAUGUAUGUUGCUUAUUUUGAAAGAGAGAGGGAGAGA